GACACUGUAGUCGUGUGGUCUGCGAUCUUGAACUGGAAGCAGGCACCUUCGUGGGGGUUUUAUUAUUUUAUUUUCAGAGCUUUAAUUUUACCAAAGAAAUGUAAAACAAAGCCCCAAAAGCAGAGCUUUCAACAUUUUACAGAUGUCAAACUCGAGUGCCGCGGCAGUAAAUUCGUUUAAAAAAGUUGACGAUAAUGUUAUUUGUCGUGGUUAGAAGUGUUCUCGUGAUUUUAGGUGUUGUGUUGGCAUGGGCGUCAGGGGCAGGUCUUGCAGGUGGACAGUAUUUGGGGGCUCAAAUUUGGAGAGUUUCCAUGCAGAACGCCACUGAUCAAGAGAUAUUCCAAGAUUUUGAGAGAAAAUUCCCUGUCGUCGAAACGGUUUAUCAAGGGAGAAGCGUAUUGGACCUCCUCGUGAGAAGAUCAAUAUUGGAAAGUGCAAAGGAACACUUUGCAUCCGUCAAGAAGGAGUAUGAAGUUCUCGUCGAUGAUGUCGAGGAAAGGAUAAAAAAUGAGGACACUCCGAUAACCGACGACGAAGUUUCUCCAAAACAAGGACGAGGUUACAAUUUCACUUAUUCUCAUUAUCAUCCGCUGAGUGACAUUCACGACUACAUGGACUUGUAUCUCGCAGCCUCUCCUUCCACCAAAGUCAACAAUUGGAUACUUGGACGAAGUUUUGAGAAGAGAGAUAUAAAACUUCUGGAGAUUGUAAACGAUCUGAAUGCACCGUAUAUUUGGAUCGAUGGAGGAAUGCAUGCUAGAGAAUGGCUCUCUCCAACAACGGCUUUGUGGAUCGCCAACCUGCUACUGAGGGAGAAGGAGAAGCUGCCAGAGGCGAUGAAGAAACUGAACUACUACAUCCUUCCAGUGAUGAACCCCGACGGUUACGAAUACAGUCGCAACGAGGACAGGAUGUGGCGGAAAAACCGAAACUUGGCCUCGGGAAACCCUCGUCGCAGACAAGAACCAUCUCUGCACGAUUGCAAAUUGGGCGUCGACCUCAAUCGAAACUUUGAUAUCGAAUGGGGCAGAAAAGAGGGAGCAAGUGACAAUGCAUGCGAAUCGGACUAUAAAGGACCCUUCGCCAAUUCUGAGCUCGAAACUCAAGGGGUUGUUGGCUUCUUAUCGGAUAAAAUCUCCAAAGUCAAGGCGUUCCUGACAUUCCACACUUAUGGUCAAUAUAUUUUGUGUCCUUACGCUUACGCCAGAAAUGCCCCACUGCUCGAAAAUCAGCUGGAGCUCAUUAAAAUUGCUAGAACAGCGGCCAAGAACAUCAUGAAAAUGUCGGGUAGUAAUUACAAUGUGGGAAAAAUUACGGAUUUCUUAUAUGCGUGCACCGGCACUUCCAUCGACUGGGCCGCCUCGCAAGGGAUCCCAUACGUCUUCGUCAUGGAACUAUCCAAAGACAGCUUUAUUCUACCGGUCGCAAAUAUCAUUCCAACCGCCAGGGAAGGUUUAGAACUCGUCAAGGCCGUAGCGGAGGCAAUCGUCGAACGUAAAUAAGAUUUUUCAGGCAGUUCAGCUCUAAUUUUUAGAGAGGCUCAUGCGGGUGGCCUCUGGCCUUACUUUAAAAAUGUCAAUCUUUUUGAAAUUAACAACCCGAAUAACACAAGCCACAAUAAAUUUGAAUGGGGCUCUUGCAUGUCCCGGGGAUUUUGAGAACAUAUUUUAUAUUUAUUUCAAUGUAUUAAAUUAAAUUAAUUUCUCAUUUGAUUCGUUUAAUUUGAUAAAGUUUUACUAAAUUAAA